AUGUCGACUUUCAGCGGAGCCAACCCUGGUGACGCCCGUAAUGGCAUCUUCGCGGCGGCAGCGCUGUUCCUCAGUUGCGUCUGGGUCACGAUUUCUCUUCGAAUUUGGGUUCGAGUGACAAUCAUAAGGAGCCUGGGUUGGGACGAUGCCACAUUAAUCUUUGCUGCUGAUCAGAUAAUCUUCACUGGAUACUGUGUCGUUGAGAUCAUGAUCGAGACAGUUGGAGGUGCUCCUCACGCGCAGAACCUGGGUCUUUCAGAGCUCUCGCGACUGGUAGCUCUCACCGUGGCCAGCUUUGAUCUAUACAUCACAGCGAUGGUGUUCCUCAAAAUAUCACUGGGAAUCUUUUACCUGCGGUUCGUUAUAAGAACAUGGGAGAAAUACGCGGUGUACAGCACGAUCAUCAUAAGCACCGCGUAUGGUGUUUUCCUAUUCUUCAUUGCACUACUCAACUGCGGGAACCCCUCGAAAUACUUGGAGAACGAGCUCAAGGGAAUAUGCAUGCCGAACAACGCAAUAUACCCGAUACAGCUUGCGGGCGCCUUGGUCAACGCAUGCACAGACUGGGUGCUAGCCAUUAUGCCAAUAUACAUCCUGGUGAAGGGAACGAUGCCGCUACGUGUCAAGAUCAGUGCAGGAGUGGUCCUGUUGUUAGGCUGCACCGGCAGUGUGAUAUCCUUGGUCCGGAUCCAAUACAUGAAGGGACUUUUGCCUGGCCCGAACUUCUUCAACACGUCGAUAGAUCUAUGCAUCUGGUCGAUCAUCGAAUGCGGGCUUGGGAUUUCAGCAGCUGCAGCCGCUACCUUACGACCAUUGUUCCGAAGCCUCAGAGAACACACCAACGGAUACAUGAGUUACGGUCGAUCGAGGUCAGCCAUGGGUUCAGUCAAUCAGACACGGUUCACUGAUACCAUGUUCGGCGACUGGGGCUUUGAACCUCCGCAACAUGAGCAAGAGCUGCGUGCUUCCAGAAGCAGAAGUCAUAUCAGCAUCACGCCGAUUUUGAAGAACUCACGAGUGAUGAGCAAAAUGGGCAUCACGAGGGAGACAAUCGCAGAGCAAGGCUCCCAGUUGAUGUCAUCUCCAGUGGCCACUGCGAACCAACCGACCCGUCAAAAGAGCAGGAGACUACAGAGUAGACUGAGUCGAAUUGAACACACUACGCAACCACAACGCCCCGAAAUGGUUCGCCAGCUGAGUGUGAGGGAGAAGGGCAUCUCUCGGCCUGUCCCACACAUAUUCAGUCAAGCUGCACCGCCGACACCAACGGGCGAACACCAGCAAGAGCUUAUCAGAAUCGACCAUCGUCGGAAUGGGUCUCCGAACUGGGUGCCAAAGACGAAGCGAACGCCAGACCGAUCGUCGAACCCCUAUUUCGACUCGCCGAACCCAUAUCGCUAUUCAACACCAACGUCACCUUAUGAAGGACGACCAUUCUAA